AUGGACCUCUCAGACCGAUGGCAGAAUAUUGCUCCUGCCUCAGACGAGCCCGGACAGCGACGCGCCCCGCCAGACCGUCGGAAGCGGAGGCAGGCCGUUGCUGUGGCUUGUGUGCACUGCCGCAACGGGAAGGCCAAGUGCGACGGCACGAGGCCACGAUGUAACCGCUGCAAGGAUAACGAUCUCAUAUGCCAAUACGAUGUCGCAGAGGGCGUCUCCAGAGCUGAGCGCAUGAAGAUCAUGAAGCGGGACAGCAUGACCGGCGAGCUCGAAGAUCUCAAACGCAUCGUCAACUUCCUCCGCUCAGGUACAGACGACCAAGCCGCAGCCAUUCUAGCAAGACUACGACUUGGUGACACUCCCGAGGACGUUGCAAAGUCUCUCUCCUUGGUACCCUCUCCAGCAGCAUCCACCCAACCCCCCAGCUUACUGGGCCAGGAGUCCACCGAUACCUCUGGAAGUGCAAUGAGCCACGACUCCCUUUUCGAUCCAAGCAAACCUACUCCCAAGUUUCGUCAAGGCUCCAGCGCAUCUUUGGCAUCGCCUCCAGGUCAAACUCCUGCUUGGUCACCUUCUGCAAAUCUUCCCCAUUCUGCAUUUGCGCCCCCAGGGAGAGGAAAGCAGUCAAGCAUCAGCGAAGAACAGUCCUUUUUGUGCCCUCUGUUUGACCGAGACGACUUUCUGCUACCCAAAGCCGAAGACGAGGGCGAAAGUGAUGACGCUGGCGAUGAUGAAUUCGAAGAGAGAAACAUUGACCCACGACUCACUCAGCAGGCUUCAACUUUUGACCUCCGUCCCAUUCCCUCGUCCUCGUCAAAAAGGCCUUCCCAAAGCCAGAGACUGUCCCCACACAGACACAACAGAGUCCGCUCCAUUUAUUCCACUCACCUUACUGGACGACAACCAAUUGUAAACACUAUCCGCAUCCAUCCCAAUCUCGAUAUUCGCAGCUUCUUCGAUAACACAUCUUUCACUACUAGCGCCGAGUCGAGCCAGUACUCCAAAUCUCAGGAUACGCAUACUCGCAAUCUCUUUCUGCCAACAUGGGCUAUGCUUCCAAUCAAUACAGUGCCCGACCCUGGUUCACUCCGACGCACUGUACCGAGUGUAUUACACGAGGCAACAAAAUUGAUAGAUAAUGGACAUCCGAUCGAAGAGAUUAUCGAGAAGCACCCAAAUAUUGCUGCUUUGUUUGACGAAGAAGUAUACAACAACUCGGGCAUUCUUUCCAAAUGGGCGGUUGGUAUGGUGCACAGCAUGUUUCUCAAAGGCAACACAUUUACAUGCUUCGGGUUCAUGUACCUUUUUUGGUCAUUGAUGCGCUGGGUGAUUUCACCUUCUCCCGAGACGUAUAACGCCAUGCCGGAAUGGCUCCGUCCGACCCCGAAUCAGCUUUUUAUGCCACAUAUCAAUAUCGUCGAUUUUGUCGUCUGGCCCGCCUUUCGCGAACUCGCCGUUCAAAUUCCCGCAAUGCAGGAACGCAUGGAGUGGCUCAUGGAUAUGAGCCUCAAUAUUCAGUGUGACUGGUCAUUCACCACCGCAGAGGCACUGCAUAAACAUGAAGAGACUGGCCGGGUGGACUUGUGCGACACAGCAAGAGAUGUUAUCCGGAAUUUGACCAACUGGAGCGUUGGACCGAGUUUCAGGGGAUACAUUAGCAACGCAGAUUCCUAUGUACGAAUCAGGACUGAGGGAUAUUGA